CCGAGCCCACUCCAUGCCAGCAACCGCAUACGGGCUUCAGCAGGCCCAGCACGGGACCGAGCCGGUUGGCCGAGCCAGUGGCCGACCGCCCGGCCACAGCAGGCCGGCGGUCCGGCCAGCUAGUGAAUCGACCAGUUCAGACCGGUUUAUCACAUGUUUUAGUACCCAGUUCAUGUUCAUGUCAGAAUUUCAGUUAAAUUCUAAGUCCAGUCCAGUUCAGUAUAUUAGGAUGCUCGAGUCAUGUUUAGGAUUUAUAGUCCAGUGUAUCCAUGAUUUAAUGCCAGUAUUUCCGGGCCAAGUUAGCGACUCGUCAAGAAAUUUGUGUGUUUAUCACUCAGUUAAUGUAUCAUGUUAUGUCAUAUUUCUAUGUUUAAUCAUGUCGAACUUUUCCAAUAUUCAGAUGCCGCCACGUAGGGAUCCAGAUCAUCAAGAGGUUCCCCAGGCCACCGUAGUCGCUCAGUUUCGCGACUACCAUCCAGAGAAAUUUUCUGGCCAGGGAGAUCCCCGAAUUGUUGACGAAUGGGUUCAGGGCCUUGAAAUGAUUUUCGAGGUCAUGGACUGUCCCGACUAUUAUCGCGUUUUAUGCGCACAGAUCCAAUUGACGGGUGACGUAUGUCUUUGGCGGAAUGCCUACUGGGGAAUGCGACCCGGCGAAAAAGAAGGUUGUACGUGGGUUAAAUUCAAAGAGUUGAUUCGCGAGAAAUAUUAUCCUACGUACUAUCGAGCAGAAAUGGAACGUCAAUUUUUGGCGCUUAAACAGGACAAUCAUAUAGUGGACGAGUACGAGAGAGAAUUCACUCGACUUGGAGCCUUUGUCCCCGAUCUGGUGAGCACAGAGGCAAAGAGAUCGAGACGUUUCACUGACGGGCUUUUUCCAGUAGUCCGUCAUAACAUUUUAGGCCAUGGAGUUCAGUCCUAUGCCUGUUCCGUUACUAUAGCACAGGAGAUGGACGCAAGAAUCCAGAGGGAGGCCAACCAUUAUCGCCUUCAGCCAAUUGCCCCUGACCGAAGGACAAGAAGAGGAAGGGGAAAGGCUUCCAGACCGAUAGGAGGAUCCUUCCGAGACAGCCAG